UCCGGCGCCUUCCGCGUGCUGCGUGAGCCCGUCACGCUGGUUCGGGGAGGACGACGCCGCCCGCGUCGAGCGCUUCAGGCUUGCGCUUAAGUCCAGCGUCAUCGACGACAUCGACGAUCUCGACAUGGCCCGUGGGCAGACCAACGACUUCCUUGGGGACAUGAUCGAGAUGGGCAAGCGGCAAAAGUUCGGAAGGGACGCCUACGCCAAGAGUGUCGGCGGGGGUGCUGGUGAUGGGAACGGCAGCAGGAGCGGGAUUGACGAUGCGGAUGCAGACAAGGAUUCGAAGAGGAUGAAGGCCAAGUUUGAUGAGCUUUGCAAGGAAGACAAGAUUUUGGUGUUCUUCAACGCGCUGCUUAACGAGUGGAAGCAGGAGGUGGAUGGCAUGGCAGAGCUGGAGAAGCGGACAGCAAACGGGAAGACGAAGGUUGCGAGGUUCAACCAGUCCGCAAGAUAUCUCGGUCCCCUGUUCGAGUUCUGCAGGAAGAAGAUUCUCCCUGAUGACAUCCGUCAAGCAUUGCUUGAUAUAAUUGAAUGCUGCAUGAGGCAUGACUAGCGAUGGAGCAAUACAUCAAACUGGCCAUUGGCAAUGCCCCAUGGCCUAUUGGGGUCACUACGGUCGGUAUCCAUGAGUGUUCUGCCCGAGAGAAGAUAUGCACAAAUA